CUGGGGGCAGGCGGACGGGGAGGUGGGCUCCUGCCGCCGCCGCGGUUCGGCGCCACCGCCGCUCCUGGGAUUAGGCUCCUGCUCGGCUGCCAUGCGGAGCGGCGGAGACGGAGCGGCGGGGCACAGCGGGAGGGCGCGGGGCGCCGCCGGGCGCUAGACGGGCGGCCGGCGCGGAGCCGCCGGAGCUCUCCAGGGUCCCGGAGCGCCGCCCGCCGCGGCCGAGCUCGCCGCGUCGAUGCCGCGGACACGGGCGCUCCAGGGCUCCUCGGCGGCUCCGAGCAGCAUGACACGGCUGAGGUACCUCCGCGCCGCCGUCUCGGGCUUCUAUUUGUGGGAAGCUGCGGUGCUGCUCAGCUUGGUAGCUACAAAGGAAACAGACAGUGCAAGAUCCCGUAGCAUGCCAAUGUCACCAUCUGAUUUCUUGGAUAAACUAAUGGGUAGGAUGUCGGGAUACGAUGCAAGGAUCAGACCAAAUUUCAAAGGUCCUCCAGUUAAUGUCACAUGCAACAUAUUUAUAAACAGCUUUGGAUCCAUUGCAGAGACAACCAUGGAUUACCGAGUGAACAUCUUUCUCCGUCAGAAUUGGAAUGAUCCACGUCUUGCAUACAGUGAAUAUCCAGAUGACUCUUUAGACUUAGAUCCAUCCAUGCUGGAUUCAAUUUGGAAACCAGAUUUGUUCUUUGCUAAUGAAAAAGGUGCCAACUUUCAUGAAGUUACAACGGAUAAUAAAUUGUUAAGAAUUUUCAAAAAUGGAAAUGUACUUUAUUCCAUCAGAUUGACUUUAAUACUGUCCUGCCCAAUGGAUCUCAAAAAUUUUCCAAUGGAUGUGCAAACAUGUAUAAUGCAGUUGGAAAGCUUUGGAUACACAAUGAAUGAUCUCAUUUUUGAAUGGCAAGAAAAAGGAGCAGUUCAAGUAGCAGAAGGACUCACUCUGCCACAGUUUCUGUUGAAAGAAGAAAAGGAUUUGUGUUACUGCACCAAGCAUUACAAUACAGGAAAAUUUACGUGUAUAGAAGUCCGAUUUCACCUCGAGAGACAGAUGGGUUAUUAUCUCAUCCAGAUGUACAUACCAAGUCUCUUGAUCGUGAUUCUCUCUUGGGUGUCAUUUUGGAUCAAUAUGGAUGCAGCUCCAGCCAGAGUGGCUUUAGGCAUAACAACUGUACUGACCAUGACAACACAAAGCUCAGGCUCACGAGCAUCACUUCCAAAGGUGUCAUAUGUCAAAGCAAUUGACAUCUGGAUGGCUGUGUGUCUGCUCUUUGUAUUUUCUGCACUUUUGGAAUAUGCAGCUGUAAAUUUUGUGUCAAGGCAGCAUAAAGAACUCCUACGAUUCCGACGGAAAAGGAAGAAGAACAAGUAUUUUGAGGGAGUUCUUGAUGGAAAUGAAAUCAAUGAAUCAUUACAGCAUAGCAAUGGCUUGAGAUGUGCAGGACCUAUAGACGGGACUUUGCCUCAAAUCUACAGUACAAAUUUAAGGGAUGACGAUGCACAGGAAAGUCAGUUCAGUUUUACAGCGUAUGGAGUGGGGCCAUGUCUGCAAGCAAAAGAUGGAGUGGCACAGAAGGGGCCAAAUAAUCCUGCUCAAGCUGCACCUAAAAGCCCUGAUGAGAUGAGAAAAGUAUUCAUUGACCGAGCCAAGAAGAUAGACACAAUUUCCAGAGCUUGUUUCCCUUUAGCCUUUCUAAUUUUCAACAUUUUUUACUGGGUAAUUUACAAAAUCAUAAGGCACGAAGACAUUCACCAAUAAGAUUGAGGCUUGCAGCCCUAGAGAUCUGUCUGCCAUGAUCAACAGGAAGCUUUCUGAGAGAAACAAGUGGAGUGACUGGGAAAGCAAAAAGCACUAAGGAGGGUAAACAGAUCUUGCCUAGUUUGAAAUGCCCAUUUACAGUGCAAUGGAAGAAUGACUCAAGAGAAGACACUCUGCAACUGCAAACUUUCUAGAUCAAAUGUUAGCAACUCAUCGUAAAUCACUCUCUACUCAAGCUUUACUGACAAGUGUUUAUACAUACUGUUACAUAGUAGUAUAAUUGUACAAUAUUAUUUGAUGUUCCUUAAUGUUUUUUUAAACUCUCAUGUAUUUUAAUGAUCCCAAAUCCAGAAUAGUCUAUGUAAAUCCCAUAUUACUAGAGAAUAUACUAGUAUUUGCUACCUUUAUUUCAGUUUUACAAGAUAACGAUAAAUUACUUGAGUUUAGAUUUUUAAACUCUUUCUUGUCCUAAGGACAAGACCUGUGGUUUUGCAGUGAGCACAGUUGACACAUUUAAUUAAUGUAAUUUAUUCAGUAUGCUUUUUAUCAAUCUCCUGGGUGGUAUGAGUUGAAAUAAUCUUAGCUAGCCCAAAAUAUUUACAGCUAAAUAGUCUAUGUAUCACCUGGAAGAUACAUCAACAUUUAUAAAGUAUUGAUUCCUGCAAAAUACUUUUUUUUUCUUUUAAUUACCUAUGCUUUGGCAACUUAAAAUAUUUGUAAAUCCUUUUAAAAAGUUCAGAAUUUUUUCUUAAUUGACAAACUCAUGCAGUAUUCGAGGUAGACAAACUACGUCAAAAUUUUGCAAUGCUUCAUUUUAAUUCAGUGCAUAGAGAUAUUGGACCAAAACUAAAGGCAAAUAAUCAACUGCUUCACUGAAAUAUUAUGAGGAUGAGUACAGCUGCGUUUAUUUACAUACAUUUCCUACAUGUUACAUAUAUCACAGGAAGAUCAAUGUAGGAAUAGAUCAUAUAGUAGCUUUCUGUAGUAUUCUUUAAGUAUAUUUAUAUGAUUGAGGCAUUGAUUAGUUAACACUUCACAAUUUUGGAAAAAAAAAGCAUGUAGCUCUUCUAAAACAUGAAAAGGGAUCUGAAUGGUUUUUUGCAUUAUUUAUGUUUUGUAUAAUAAAUAGAAAACCUAUUAAUACUCAGAGACAUUUUCCUUCUUUGGGACUAAAUCAAUCAAUGGUUUCUUCGUUAAGUUAUAAGACAAUAGGUCAUAUUUAUGACAUAGCUUGUAGACAGGUGUUUAGUCUUGCCAUUUUUGUCCACUGAAAAACAACAGUAUGCUAAGAUAUAAAUCUAAUAUUUAGAAUUAUUCAUUAUGUAAAAGUCCAGUAAACGAGGCUGUUUCUCGUUGCAAAAUAUUUUUGUUUUGAACAUGUUUUGAAUUUUUGCUUCAUUAUUGCUCAGAAUGUGUAUACAAAAGCAAAAUACAGCUGGAGGCAAACAUCUGGUGCACUGCCAAAGGCAUGUUGCAUAUGAAGUAAUGGAAGCAGUGUAACUCUGCACUGAGGAUUAUAACAUAGCAACCUUGGGUUUGGUUGAAUUUGUUGUUGUUUUCCUCCAAGGAUUAGUUAGAGAGUUAAAAUAGUUGCUCUCAGAUUUUAUUCAGCUGUGUCAGAAAAUGUAUAAUCCUCCUCCAUUUUAAAUGCUAUUAUUUUAAAAAUAAUAUUCUAAAACAGUAUUUUUAAUAGUUUUUCUUUUUUUAUGGUCUGACAUAAACUCAAUUCACUUCAAGUAAUAUUUUUUAAUGUUACUUCUUCAUAUUUAUAAAUUUAUAAAUUUAUUUAUAAAAAAUCCCAUUCAUUUAUGAGCACAGGUGCUCAUCCAUGUAUCAUGAGCUUACAUAACUAGAUGGAUUAUAUUUUUUUUCCCUUAAAAUUGUCAUAAAAUGUGUCACGUAAAAAGGGAUAUUAAUUUAUCCUUGUCAGCAGUCAAGUCAAAGUAUCUUUUUAAGGACUGUUUGAAGUACUGGACUGGACUCAUAAUCUAUAAGCAAUCAUAUUAAAAAUUGGCUUAUCUCAGUUCUUUCCCUACAAAACAGCUGGCUUCUCUUCAAUAAAGAAUUCUUAAUUGAAGUGGUAAAUGCAUAAGACCAGAUCAGAAUAACUGCUAGCAAUUCUGUUUUCUAACUCCUAGUUAUUCUGCUUCCUAGGCAUUACAUUGGGAAGCAAAGCAGAAAACUUACACAUAGUGUUCAGUUUUCUAAGAAGGCAUAGCGAAAGUAAAGAGAUUUAAAUAUUUUUAUAGCAUAAAAGCUCUACAGCAUUACUGAACUUUAUUUUAAGUAAUAUAUUAGUAAAAAAAGUAUUUCAAAUAGGGGAGAAAUGAAAAAUGGUUCCAUAAUGAUGUUUUCAAAUGUAAAUACAUUUGGCGUGUAAUCUGCUGCCCUCAGUUAAAUACAGAUUUUCAAUUUCGAUGUAAUGUAACCAAGAACUCUCCCCUAAUUUUUUUAACAGAAAACAUAACAUUUGCCAACAGAGUGGAAGCCUCUGCAAUAUACUGAAUACUGGGUAUACCAAAAUAGAUUUAAACUUCAUUUAGAUUAUUCCUAAAUGACUUAGGAUAAAGUCACUUAGUAGAGAAAGACAGAAAUACCAGUUGAGAUUAUAAGACAAUUCAAGGCAAGAAUGUCUGUUACUCACCACUGACUAGAGAUAUGUGACCAAAACCAUGCUUGCCUCAGUAAAGCCAAAAGCUUCAGGUCCUCAAAAGGAUAAGAAAUGUCACUCAGAGGUGCAGUGGAUAUAUUCGACUACCAAAUUCCUGCUUAAAUUCCACAUAGGAAAAUGCAUCUUAUUUUUAAGACCAUAUGCAAAUAUCAGAGAAAUAGAGUUAGAGGGUUGUCCUUUUUUCUCAGUAAUGUUGAUAAAUUAGAGGGGCAUUGAGGGAGAAAGGAAAGAAGAAAUAAUAGUGUUAUACUAUUUGGAAUUUAGCAAUUUUUAAAUGAAGUACAUAUUCUUUUUAAAUAAUUUUGACAGCAAGUACUACUACUUAAUUAGGUUAGAGGAAUGCAGGAAGAAUACAAAAUUUAAUUAUCAUUUUCAGUUUAAUAGUAUAUUACUUUUCUUUCCAUUCUCUUUAUUAGAGUUGGUUCCAUAAACUUUUUAUAGACUUCUCUAUAACAAAUCUGCUGUGAUCUGUGAGAGGUGAUUCUCUUUAACCACUAGAAAGUAUUAUAUUUAGGUGAUUUAGCUGUGCACUUUACAUUAAAGAAAUUAGGUAUUUCUUCCACUUUGUACUAUAACCCGUUAGAGAACUGUAGGUUGCUAAUGUAGAUAAGAUAAAUUGUACAAAAACUUAUAUUUUUGAUAGGAGGGAAAGUCUUCCUUUAUCCUUAAAAAAGAUUACAUUUAUUAUUUUUAGCAAUAAUUUUAUAUUAGAUGGAAAUGGACUUAUCUAUACAGUACCCAGCCCAAGCUGAGAUGUUUGGUUGCAAAAAGUAGAUAUAUUUUAAGUGUAAUUUCUGCUCUCCUUUGAGCUUUCAUAGGAAUUAAUGCAAUCCAACAGAGCAGAAUUUGGCCUUAUACUGUGAAACUGCUGAGUGAGCUAUUAAUUUUCAAAGUACCCCCUGGAAGGUUAUGAAAUAACUUUUUCCACAUCUUACUAUACAAUCAGUACUAUCAAAUCAUCAUAAUUUUUUCCUUUUUGAGAAAACUAAUAAGAAAAAGAUAUAAAUCACAAACUAAGCUACUUGUUAAUAAUAAAAUGGGUGUUUUAUUUGUAAGUGGUUAUGGAAAACGUGCCUUCAGGCAACAUGCAUCACCUACAGUAGUUACUGAAAUAUUAUCAGUUUGGAAGGCUUGUGGAAGCAGGUUAGAUUGCUAGAAGCAGUGGGUUAAAUGCCAGAAAAUUGUUGGCUCAUACUGUAUUCUUGACAUUCUUGAAUAUUACUGCACUUCUUCACUUUUAUCUUUGUGAAAUAUGCAAUAAACAUUUAUUAUGUUUAUAUUUUGUUGCAUAACAGAGUGAUGUUAAUGGAUAAAAUGGACUGAAAAAGUUACUGAUGUUCCAGGAAUGUGUAAUUGUGAGCUGUAUUAAAAAAAAAAAAAAAAAAAAA